AUCAAAUCCAACGAUGUCAUGGCAAACAACAUUGACAAACAGGAAAUAGACCGCGUGUUGCAGCAGAGGCGGAAGCAACGCGAGUCCAGAGCCUGCUACCCCUGCCGCCAACGCAAGGUCAAAUGCGACGGCACGCAGCCAUGUCGGACAUGUCAGAGACGAGGACAUCCGGAAAUCUGCGCUUAUGAUGUGUCUCAUUCACGGAAUAGGUCUGCGUCCGUUGGGAAUGAGCAGAUUGCUAGUCCGCAGUUGAAUUGGAGACCGGAACCAGUGCCAAGAUUAGGAUCGCAGACGUCUUUGCCAAGUCCUCGAAAUCAGAACCAAGGACAGACUCAGGUUCAAGUUCAACCGCAAGAGAAUCGAGCCAAUAUCGCGGACGGAGGUGAGAAGGAGUAUAUAUUCUCUGGGGAUAACUCCGUCAUCUCUAUUCUUCGUCAGCGCACGCAGGAUGCCAACGGUCUAAUGGCCCGGGAGGUCGGGUCGGUGCUUGGCUUGCAGAAUACGUACAACACUUAUCCUUUUAUGGACUCAAGGACGCCGCAGGAACAGUGGUCCUCGUUGCUACAGAUCUUGCCUCAGCGGAAGGAAGUUCUUAAAUUCUUCCAUUUCUAUCGCUUAUGUGCAUAUCCAUUCAAUCCCAUUCUUGUGGACGUGGAUCGCUUUGAAUCGGAUCUCUGCUCGUAUCUAAAUGCUCACGCUACCGGAGAGUUCCGGGACCCAAAUCGCAUCUCUGAGCGUUGGUCAACAGGCGGGUCCGUUGGCCAUAUCAGUUUGCUGCUGGCUACGUUGGCUGCUGGGGCACACUAUUCUAAUCUGGAGACCCAGCAGCGCUCCGAAGCAUGUCAAGAACUAGCCCGACGGUCAUUCCACGCUCUACGUCUGGCUAACUUUCUCUUUCGACCGUCGUUGGAUAUCAUCCAGGCUCUGUUAAUACUGGGUAAUACGCUGCAGAACAACGGACAGUCAGAUGCUGCUUGGGCAUUGUUGGGGACGACGGUUAGAUUGGCACAAACUCUGGGGUUGCAUACAAGUAAAAGCAUGGCGCAUUUACCUGAAUAUGUUCGGUCCAGGGCCAAAUCACUAUGGCUUGCAAUUGUGUGGCAAGAUAGCCUUCUCUGUCUUUGCUAUGACCGGCCACCCAUCGUCACUGUGUCCGGCUGGGCAACAGAUACCUCUAUAUUCUCUCGCACAAAUCUAUCAUACACCGAUAUCAUGCACUACCUCUGCCGGAUGGCUCUGGAUAUUAUCAGGUCAGACGAAACAGAAAUGCAGGAAACUAGCCGGUCACUUGAUGCGUUGACAACAUUGGACAAUGUCUACAGUCGAGCAGAGCCACAUUUGUGCUCGCGCGAGUACUGCAAGACCUUCCAUCAGAACCUCGAGCAUCUGGCACUGAAGAUGCACCUCUGCUUCGGGGUCUCAGUCCUCUGUCGUCCAGCGGUCAAGCGGACCCAGUCGCGGGAUGCAUUCUAUGGACAUGAGCUACUCCGCACCCGUGCUAAAGCCAGCCUACAGGAGGCCUCCAAAGCAUUCCUUGAUUUCCAAGCACUGAGUACCGUCCCCCUUCGCACAUGGUCGAUGGUGCAUACAGUACUGAGCUCGACGCUGUUGCUGUGUAUCUGGGAAGAAACGCGACACGACCCGGAAUGUCGGGAUCUACAACAGAGAGUGAUUGAAGUGUUUUCAGCAGCAGAGCCGGCUAGCGGUGACUCAGAAUCAGCGUCCGAUAACGCACAGUGGCUCUCGGAGCAACAUAUUCGGGCAUUAGUCACCCUCCGUAAUACGGUGGGGAGCGCUUUGGAUCAGCAGACGGAGCAGACAAUGCCGCAUGGCGCCGAGACCACGCUCGAUGUGAACAAUCUCUUCCCUGGUUUUGGGAACAUAUCAAACAUUUUCCCUGAGGGACUGAACGUAUCCGACGUAUCACCUGUUACGUACAUCGAUUCCAUCAUGAACGUUCCGCUUUUUGAUAUAUCGCAGGAGAGCCAAUUUCUGUAAUCGGCAAUAGGUAUCCGGUCGGUCCGGGUCGUCGGGACGAAACACAGGUAAGAAAACCACGAAAAUAUCAUCGUCUCAAAAAUGUUAUCCCUGUUUUGGCAUGUAAAAUUAACAUGGCAAAUUACGACAUUGCAAUCAGGUUUGGCACAGUUCGGGACCCGGUCUCGGUUUCGGGAUCUCGGGUCUCGGACAUAUCAACGUCAAGUCAAUA